AUGGUAGAAGGCCUAAAAGGUAAACUACCCAAUUCUGCCGCGCUAAGCACAGAUGUGGCUGACGGCAAAUUCACUUUAGCAGAAAACAUUGCGGAUAAUGGAGCUAUUAGAAACGCAUUUAAAGCCUUUAAAUUGCACCUGGCUUUAUCUGAUGAGUACGUUGGUAACCGCAAAAGAUUACCUGGACUUUCAGCGAGCCCAGAACAACUCUUUUUUCUUGGAUAUGCUUCCGUAUGGUGUGGUAACAUCACAGCUGAAUAUGCAGCAUGGAUGAAAGUGUUAGACAACCACAGCCCAAACAAAUUAAGAGUAAACGUACCAUUAGCAAAUUUCAAGGAAUUUGCCCGAGCCUUCAAGUGUAUUCCUGGAACUCCAAUGAACCCAAAACAUAAAUGUAUCCUGUGGUGA